AUGGAUAGAUACACAGUAGCAGAAGGUUCUAUGGAUUGCGAAGAAUCGAAAUUUUUAAAAAUAAAAGAAAAGAAUAGAAAAGCAAAUCUAAAGCAGCUCUUUAUAGGUGUUUUGACUCAAGUACAAAAGUUUUUCAAUAUUAAUGAUGCCGAAGCUGGACUUCUACAGACAGUAUUUAUUUUAUUUUUUAUGAUAUUCGCACCAUUUUUUGGAUUUAUUGGUGAUAGAUAUAAUAGAAAGCGGAUAAUGGCGGCUGGAAUUGCGAUAUGGGUUAUUGCAGUAUUUGCUUCGUCAUUUGUUCCGCGCAAUUGCUUCUGGUUAUUCUUGCUUUUACGAGGAAUUAUUGGCAUUGGUGAAGCAUCUUAUGCUACUACUGCACCAACCAUCAUUGCUGAUAUAUUCAUAUCCGUAGUGCGAGGACGUGUUCUUAUGUUUUUCUAUUUUGCAAUACCAAUCGGCAGUGGUUUAGGCUACAUGGUUGGUUCUUUCCUGGCGUCAGUUUUCAACGAUUGGGCUUGGGGAAUUCGGUUAACUCCAAUAUUGGGAAUUAUUUGCUUGUUUCUAAUUAUGUAUUUUAUUGAUGAGCCUCAACGAGGACAGGCUGAGAAAGCAGAAGGAGCCCUAACUGCCACUGAAAUAGAGAUCACUUCCUACAUGGAUGAUCUAAAGGCACUAUCUAAGAUACCCACUUUUAUUUGUGCCACAAUUGGUUAUACAGCAGUGAUUUUUGCUGUUGGAACUCUAUCUUGGUGGGCACCUACAGCAAUCCAACAUUCAUACGCUAUGCAAAAAGGGUUGAAUUCAACCAAUUUACUGGAUUCUCGUGAAAAAGAUCGUAUUACAUUCGUUUUCGGGGUUCUUACUAUGGCUGGUGGAAUUAUUGGAGUAUCGCUGGGAACUGCUCUUAGUCAAAUGCUAUUACAAGGAAGUUUAUGCCUGCAACGUUGCCAAACAUUUCGAGCCAACGCUUUGAUUUGCGCUUUAGGAUCUGUUCUCGGAACUCCCUUCCUAUAUCUUGGUCUUCAUCUUAUAGAAAUUAAUAUGACUGCUUCCUGGACAUUCAUCUUUUUUACAGUAACAUCGCUGUGUCUAAAUUGGUCGAUAAAUGUCGAAAUGCUACUGGAUGUAGUUACUCCAACCCGCCGAGGUACCGCUAAUUCAUGGCAGAUUUUAAUAUCGCAUUUGCUUGGUGAUGCGUCGGGUCCAUACAUUGUUGGUUUGAUUUCUGACUUGCUUCGACAUUCUGCGAGUGGUCCAGCAGAAAAUUUUCGCUCUCUUAUCACUGCGUUUUAUUUACCAAACUUCGUUCUUGUUGUUAGUGCCGUGUUUUUCGGAUUGGCUGCGGUAUUUUUUAUUCGAGAUAAGCGAAUUUUUGAGAAACAAAUGGGUAAAUUUAAAUAA